AUGAGCCCCUCCAUCAGUGUGUUUAAAGAAAGGUGGCCAGCGUUAUUCACUGAGGCUCAGAUUAAGGAUGAGUUCAGACGUAUAACAACAGUGUCCUUGGAGGAGACUUUCAUGCGGAAACUUGAUGAGUACACACCACGUCUUUUGAAGCUUAUGCAGGCUAGAGGUGGAGUUGCUGGUCAGAAGAUGCGCCAUCAGCUGUAUACUGUAAAUGAUACACAAAGCAUUGAGAAGAAAAGGGAUACAGUUGUCUGCUGCCUCAUUAACUACCUCGGUGAAAAGGAAGAAGAUCUUUUCCAUGACUGCCAGGAAUGUGAGGGCUACUCAGAGCAAACGAUGAAGGUGUUGGUGAUGCACGAUGCCAUGGCUGAAGAGGAUCCAUCGGAUGUGUUCAUUGUGAUUGAGGGGAACAAAAAAGUCCACAGCCUCAAAAUUGGACUGUAG